UCUCCGAUUCCUCCUUUUUCGCCUCAUCUCCACAGGGAGAACAGAAAAAAAAAAAGAUAAAAGAAGGUGAAGGAAAAACCAGAGGAAGGAGACGACCACCACCACGAACCUCAAGCUCCUCUUGAAUCUCUCCGGAAAAACCCAUGGCAGACAAGGGCCGUCCAUUGCCAAAGUUUGGUGAAUGGGAUGUGAAUGACCCUUCAUCAGCUGAGGGAUUCACUGUUAUAUUCAACAAAGCUAGAAACGAGAAAAAGGGAGGUGGAAAAUCCGACUCACCAGGGAAAGAUGAACCUGGAUAUAAUAAAAAUGGCCAAGUUCUUGGGAAGCCCACCAAGAAAUGGUUUUGCUGUAUACAAUCCACUCGCGCAGAAUGAGAGUGUUGAGGGCUUCCCUCCUUGGAAGGUUCGUUUAUCUAUUAUCUAAAAGUCAUACUGCUUCAAGAAGACUGGAGCUUGUCUUGACAAGCCAUGACAGUCACUUUCGGAUUCUGGUCGGAGAUGUUUUCGAGUGGUGUGUUUAGUGACUUCUCUUGGGUGCAACGAUGAAUGUAUUAAGAUAACAAACAAUGUCGUUUCUAUGUAUUGGUGUGAUGUGAUGGGUUAUGUUUAUGUUCUUUCACUUGUGAGUCAUGACGACAUAAUGUAUUUGCUAUGCUAUCUCUCUGUUUUGAUUUGGUUUCCUUGAAGCGAUUUCAAUUCAAUUUA